AUGUAUCGAAUGAUGGACGGAGACAAGAUCAAGACAUGCAUAUCUGAGGAACUUGUCCAAAAGUGCAUUGAUAUAGCUGCUCCACAUGGACUGAGAACCAAGCUCCUGAGUCCCAAUCUCGAUCCUUUCAAAGAACACUUUGUCAUGUGUGCUUCCUCCAAAGACAGCCAGUUCUCUGCCAAGCAAAACGAAUUCUUGCUGAAGGGCCGCACUGGACUUAUAGAGAGAGACAAGUACAGUGCAGACGACAGCAUUUGUGCCCAGAUGGCUGCCAUGGUCUUGCCCUUUUACGAACAAGUCGAUUCAAGAAAAGAAGAUGCACUCACUCCAAGAGUCAAAGACACUCUGCUUUCCAGAAAUGUGACCCAGCUUGCUCUAGAUGCCAAACUCAGACAAGUCAAAACAUGCACCAUGGACUUCAACUCCUCUGUGUAUGGUAUAGACAAACCUCUGGACAAAAGCAUUGUGACGAUUUGCAAAGAGGUUGCUUAUGUGCCAGAAAAAGAAGUGCAUGCAAUGAUUCAGAGGAAGACCUAUGACAGAAAAUAUGGAGAUGCUGUUGAACUCACCAAAGCAAUGGCCAAACUGGAUAUCCCCGAAAUCAGUGAACUGUUUGAGAUGUCUAAAGCUGACAUGGAGCGAGUGAGGCAAACAAUUGACCCCAAACCUGUUGCAGCUUCCACUCCAGUUGCAAAGCCUUCAGGCUCUAUAGCUGCUUCAGUCAAGAAACGCAAACGAAAACAAAGAGAAGUGUACGAUAUGGCCCUGGAAAGAGUAAAGGCUGGAAGGAAAAAGAGGAAGGCACAAAAGUAA